ACGCCAAUAAUAUAUUAUAAAUAUCAAAGUUUACCAAUUUUCAUUCAUUAUCUUCUAAUUUUCUAAGUUGAUUUAUAAACAGUUUGAAUAAUUUAAUAUUUAAUUUUUAAAUAAAUUGUUUUUUAUUUUACUGAAAUACAUUAAAAUACUUUAUUACUUUAUUGUUUUUCAAAAUAGUCUAAUUAUUUAUUUCAACAAAAUAAAAGAGUUAACUUUAUAAUGAACCUGUAUUUAAUAUUAGUAUUUGUUUUUGUUGUUAUGCAAACUAUUUUAGUUCAAUCGCGAACAUUUACAGCGGAAGAUUGUCCUGUAUGUGUUGCGACUAUAGAAAAGUUUUCACGUACUGUUGAUGGUGUGAAAGAUCUAAAAUUAAUUGAAGAAAAUUUCAGAUCAUUUUGUUUAUCUUCCAAAAAUGACAAAGAAAAAAGAUUAUGUUACUAUUUAGGAGGAUUAAAAGAUUCAGCUACUGGAAUAUUAAGUGAAAUGUCUAAACCAUUAUCAUGGUCUAUGCCAGCAGUAAAAAUUUGUGAACGUUUAAAGAAAAUGGAUGCUCAAAUUUGUGAUAUUAAAUAUGAUAAAGAAAUUGAUUGGAAGACAGUUAAUUUGAAAAAAUUAAAAGUUAAGGAUUUGAAAAAGAUUUUGGAUAACUGGGGAGAAAUUUGUGAUGGUUGUUUAGAAAAAACUGAUUAUAUUAAGAGAGUUGAAGAAUUAAAGACCAGUUAUGUCAAAGAAGAAUUGUAAAAUAAAAUGUUUCCAAAUUAUAAAGUUACUAUUUUAAAAGAAAAUUAUAUAUAUAAUUGUGUUCUUGUUUUAAGUAGAACGAUUAAUUUGUAACAUUUCUAUAUUUAUACUCUAACAUAACUAAUUUAAAUAAACCAAACUUUAUAAAUAAAAUAAA